AUGACUACACUCAAACCCGGUGACCAGUUCCCCAGCGACGUGGUCUUCAAGUACAUCCCGUGGUCGGAGGAAAGCGGCGACAUGACCGCCUGUGGCAUCCCGAUCAACUAUAACGCGUCCAAGGAGUGGGCGGAUAAGAAGGUGGUGCUCUUCUCGGUCCCAGGCGCCUUCACCCCCACCUGUUCGGUGAACCAUAUGCCGGGCUAUAUCAAGAACCUGCCCCAGCUCCGACAGAAGGGCGUGGAUAUCGUGGCCGUGCUUGCUUUCAACGACCCGUUCGUCAUGAGCGCCUGGGGCAAGGCGAAUAAGGUGCACGGAGAUGAUAUCCUCUUCCUGUCCGACCCCGAUGCUCAAUUCUCCAAAAGCAUUGGCUGGGCCGACAACGCCUCUGGACGCACGGGCCGGUAUGCCAUCGUUGUGGACCAUGGGAAGAUCUCUUACGCCCAAAUUGAGACCGAGAAGGGCGCGGUUAAGAAAUCCGGCGCCGAUGCCGUCCUCGCUUCGCUGUAA